CGCAGUGACACUGGCGUCCAGGCUGCGGUUCGGGUUCAGCACUGCACUACACUGCACUUAGUACCUACUGUAUGCUCAUGGACGGGCACCAAUACCUAAUCGCUUCGCUCUCAUCUUUGCCCUCAUAACACGGUACUGUAUUGUCUGCUUCCUAGACAGGCGGUUGAGAUCGGUGGUGCACAUACGUUGCCAAUAUCAGUGCAGUGACUACUACUACCGCCAUCAUGGCAACUCCCGACAUCGAGCAGAUGAACAAGCUCCGCAAAAGCCUGGGCUUGCCAUUACUGAACGUAAGUGGACAACCUCCACCGAGCGCUGAAGGACCUUCAUUCAAAGACCAUUCUGCAAGCGACGACAGCGACGAGGAGCCCGCGUCGACCUUGGAAACCCGCGAGGCCGCGGGGUUUGGGAACUGGAAGCGGCUGCAAGACGAAGAAAAAAGACGUCAGGAGCGGGAGAAACGGAAACAACAGAUACAAAAGGCCCGCGAUGCUGCCGCGAGACAGGCCAAGCUCGUGGGCAAAGGUCUCGGAGACGUGGAAGAGGCCGAUGUGGAUGCGAAGACCUGGUUGAAAACCCAGAAGAAGAGACAGGCCCAGAUCGAGCGUGAACGCGCCGAACGAUUGGCCCAGGAACUCGCCGAGCGCGAGAGACAGGCUGCUCUGGAAUACUCGGCCAAAGAUCUUGCGGGCGUGCAGGUCGCACAUGAGAUUGGCGAAUUCGAGGACGGCGACACCGAACAGAUCCUGACGCUCAAGGAUACCGAGAUCGGCAAAGGUGACGACGAUGACGACCAACAAGAUAUCCUGGAGAAUGCCGAUCUCGUGGCCAAAGAGAAGCUCAAGGAGAGACUCGAGCUCAAGAAGAAGAGGACGGCUUACGACGUCAACGAUGAUUCGCAGAGAAACUUGUUAGCACAGUAUGAUGAGAAAAAACGCAAGGCUUUCACGUUGGAUGGCCAGGGUUCGGUUCUCGAGGAGCGCGAGGCCAAGCGUCAGCAGAUUGGGGAUGUGUUGAAGAAUACUGUCAGUCUGGACAUCUUGAAACCGGAACCCGUGUCGGAUUACAUGGAGGUCAAGAUCAAGAAACCCAAAAAGACUAAAAAGUCGUCCAAGAGGCAGCGAAUUGCAGAUAUCGACGACGACGAGAUCCUCCCCCCUGCACAACAGAAUGAUGCCAGUAACGGCGAUGCCAUGGACCUCGAUGCCGGCAGACCCGCUCCGCCUCCCAAACCCAAGACUACGGCCGAUAAUUUCAACGAUGAUGACGAUGACUUGGCCAAAGCACUUGCUAGAAAUCGUAUGGCCGUGUUGAAGAAGCAGAAGAGGAAGCCAGAAGACAUUAUCAAGCAGCUUAAAGAAGAAGAGGAAAAGGCACAACAAGAACACCAGCAAGAGGCUGAUGUGGGUCUUGUGCUUGACGACACCACGGUGUUUUUGGACAAUCUGUCUUCGCGGCCGAGGGAAGAGGAGCGACCGAGGAGGGCCUCUUCGGUCAAGAAGUCGGUGGAACAGCCUGAUGAUGCUCGUAGCCCUGCAGAGGUCAAGCAGGAAGCCGCAGAUGAAGACCACCCCAUGGGUGAAGCAUACAGCGGCGUGGAAAAUGAAGAAGAACUGCUUGACCGGAUCAAGCGAGCACGAUCUACAGUCAGUCCGGACGUGUCGCACAUGGGACUGGACGAAGAAAAGACGCUCGAUCAAGGUGUGGGCGCAGCGCUUAGUCUGCUGCGGCAGAGGGGUAUCCUCAAGGACACCGAUCCGACGGAUAAGACGGAACUAUACAAGGCUCGACAGAAGUUCAUCAUUGAGCAACGGUUGCAAGAGGCCGAGAACGAGAGACUGGCUCGUCUGCAGCGUGAGCGUGACAGACAGUCCGGCAAGCUGACGGGCAUGUCUGUCAAGGAACGAGAGGAACAUGCUCGUUGGCAGAACACUCAGCGCGAACACCAGAGUUCCAUUGCGGCCGCAGCCGCCUUCAACCGCGAGUACAAGCCGGAUGUUCAGAUCAAGUACGUCGAUGACAACGGCCGGUUGAUGAACGAGAAGGAGGCUUUCAAGCAUCUCAGUCAUCAGUUCCACGGCAAAGGCAGCGGCAAGUUGAAGACGGAGAAACAUCUCAAGAAGAUUGCUGAGGAGAAGAAGAGAGAGGCUGCUAGUAUCUUGGAUAGCAGUCAAUUGACCGGCAUGAGCAACGCCCAGGGCACUAUGGGGAAGAAGAACAAGCAGGCUGGAGUGCGGUUAGCUUAGACAGAGACAUGAGGAUUGGCCAGUUGAAUACCUUGGAAGUUGUACGAAUGCUAUACCGCGAAAGGUCUUUAGUCUAGCACCUAGCUGGCCUUGUUAAAGAAACUGUCAGCGGUGAGCUGUUGAUUGUUAUAUUGUAUUGCCCACAACACCACUGAUCAAGCAUGCAAUGUGUGACUCGGACGUUGUCACUUUACUUGCAUGAAGUACUCUAAUAAUGAUAGCCUGCAAUGGCGACAUACUCCUACAACAAUGUAGUGGAACAAUGGACCGAACGAUGCAGUGGGAAAAG